AUGUAUGGUCUCCAGCGAGCUACUAGACGGCUAUUGCGCCAGUCUAUGAGAUCCAGCAGCAGAGCUACAUUCGCACCUAUUGGAUCAAUCGCCCAACUACACCAACAAGGACCCUCUCGCUCCGCCGUUGUCCACGAACAAGCUAUCCCGCAAAGCCAGACAACAGUGGAAACGCCGUCAUUUCUUUUACAGGCUCAACCUCAGCCAGACUCGGCCCACGCAAACAAUGAUAUGAUCAAACUCGAUUCCAUAAUCUCGCAAAUCCCACUCGUCCAAACUCUCCGCGCCUCCCACAACUCUUACAAAGAAUCCCGUCCUCACCUCGCCAUCUCUCCGGCAAUCCGCCAGCACCACUUCGUUGGUGGAAGUCUUGCUGGGCCCGGAAAGCUAGCAUUGACACCCUAUAUGUGGACAUCUUCCCAGAAGGCCGAAUCGAAAGGAAAAGCGAAAACUAGCAGUGUUGUUUCGGUUUUCCAUAUUGGUCGUGAUCUAUGCGGUCACCCAGGCUUCGUACAUGGCGGUCUUCUGUCUGUCCUUUUUGAUGAGGUCUUUGCUCGUUGUGUUUCCGCUGCAUUCCCCAGUGGCCUUGGAAUGACGGCUAAUCUCAAUGUGGAUUUCCGGAAGCCCGCGCUGCCGGAUCAUAUGUAUGUUCUCCAGGCGGAGACUGUGAAGGUCGAUGGACGGAAGGCUUGGGUCCAGGGUUGCAUGACUUAUUUCCCUGUUCAUUUGCCCGUUCCACUUGAUGCGAAGAAGGUUAGCCCCGAUCAGAGUCUCCUGAGAGAGGAUGCUGAAGGGGCGGUUAUGGUUGCUGAGGCUAAGGCUUUGUUUGUUGAGCCUAAGUUCGCGGAUUCCAUGGUUUCAGUUUAUCGGACUUGA